GGGCGGAGUAAUUCCGGGUAUAAAAGAACAGGUAGCUGGGGCGUUGCGCAUUCUGGGUUUCUGAUUUGGAAGAAGUUCAUAUCGUGAGAACCUGCAAAGAACUCAUCAUGUCUGACGAAGGAAAGCUUUUUGUCGGUGGCCUGAGCUUCGAUACAGAUGAAAAGAACUUGGAAACUGUGUUCUGCAAAUACGGACAAAUCUCAGAAGUGGUGGUUGUGAAGGACCGUGAGACAAAGAGGUCCAGGGGCUUUGGGUUUGUCACAUUCGAGAACCCUGAUGACGCAAAGGAUGCCAUGGAAGCAAUGAAUGGAAAGUCUGUUGAUGGAAGACAGAUCCGUGUAGAUCAGGCUGGAAAGUCUUCAGGUGACAGACGUGGAGGUUAUAGAGGAGGAUCAUCUGGAGGGCGAGGAUUUUACCGUGGUGGUGGAGGCAGAGGACGUGGUGGAGACAGAGGCUAUGGAGGAGGCAGCCGAUUUGACAGCGGCGGCAGGAGUGGUGGUUAUAGUGGUGGAUCCAGAGACUACUAUGGAAGUCAAAGGAGUCAAAGUUAUGGUGAUCGUUCAGGGGGAUCCUACAGAGACAGCUAUGACAGCUACACUGCAAACGACUAAAACUCCUGACUCAAGAUCAUCCUUCCAGUGGCUGUAUUUAUAAAGAUUUUUGGAGCUUCGCAGAACAGUUAAUGUGUAGUCUUUUGAAUUGUGUUCACUUUUUAUACCAGUUUGUUAAAUUCUCCUGACAGCCUCACUGGUAGUACAUAGAACAGUUUUAUUUCAGUUAAAACAUUCAUGUUUCGGUUUUGCUGUUCUAUUGGGCUGCUCAGAUGGGAGCUCCUUGUUGCUACAAGUUGGCAGGUUCAUGCCUCAGUGACAGACCAAUUCCUGCUCAGGAAGAGUAGAGCUAUUGCUUUAGCAGAACUGUUAAUGUACAAGCUCUACUCUGCACCAUGAUCUGUUUUUGAUCACUUUACCUUCCACAUGUAGUGAAGGGACUGAGACCCUGGAAUUUUUUUUUUUUUUUGCAUGUAACUCUGAACGAAUCCUUUAGUAUAACAAGGUUGGGUACAGCGAGGGUGUGUUGUAAAUGUCUGAACCUCCUUGAUAUAUCUAAAGUACACUAAUUUAAUAUCAGUUCUUGAGAAAAUGAUUUUUUUUUUUUCUGAGCGAAAUGCAACUAUUGUAACCAAUUUGGCUAAAGAAUUGUAUUUUUUACUUUCAUUUGGCUUCACGAAGCCUAUUAAAAGACCGUCUGAAAAGAAA